UAGAGGGCGGGACUGCAAUGGGAGUGGAACCGAACUCUGCGGCCCUGCCUUAAGUCAUUCUCGCCUUUACUGUCACCCUGAUCCAGACCGUAGAGAAAGCAUGGAUACGGUGCCUUUGGCCGCCGACGGCGGGGACAGGCCCGCGGCGCCCUCCGGCCUGUCGGCUUCUCAGCGUCGAGCGGAGCUGCGGAGGAGAAAGCUGCUCAUGAACUCCGAGCAACGCAUCAACCGGAUCAUGGGCUUUCACAGGCCUGGGAGCGGCGCGGAAGAAGAAAACCAAACAAAAUCAAAGCCACAGGACAGUGACAAACUGAACUCCCUCGGCAUUCCUUCAGUUUCAAAGAGGGUAGUGCUUGGUGAUUCAGUUGAUGGAGGAGUAAGUGACCAGCCCGGUGGUGUGACAGACGUCAGGGGAGCCCAGCUGGGAGACAAACUGGACUCAUUCAUCAAACCACCAGAGUGCAGUAGUAAGGAUGGAAUUGAGCUCCGGCAUCGGACCAGAGGUGACCUGACAGCAGACUCGACCCAGAGGUCUCACCACGGCCUAGAACAGUACCUUUCCAGAUUUGAAGAAGCAAUGAAGUUGCGCAAACAGCUGAUCAGUGAGAAGCCCAGCCAGGAAGAUGGAAGUUCAGCGGAAGAGUUUGACUCUUUUCGAAUAUUUCGAUUGGUGGGGUGCGCUCUGCUUGCUCUUGGCGUCAGAGCUUUUGUUUGCAGAUAUUUGUCUAUAUUCGCUCCAUUUCUUACUUUGCAACUUGCAUACAUGGGACUAUACAAAUAUUUUCCUAAGGGUGAGAAGAAGGUGAAGACAACGGUGCUUACGGCUGCGCUGUUGCUGUCUGGGAUUCCCGCUGAGGUGAUAAACCGGUCCAUGGACACCUAUAGCAAGAUGGGCGAGGUCUUCACGGAUCUCUGUGUCUACUUCUUCACUUUCAUUUUCUGUCAUGAACUGCUUGACUACUGGGGUCCUGAAGUACCCUGAAACCUGAGGAACUUGGAAGUUUACAAGCGAAAACAACUCCUCUUCUACACUGCAGUGUCUCUAAAGGGGGCAAACUGGUUUAUACCUUCAUCAAAUUCUUUGGCUUUACAGAAAAUCGAUUUAAUCAUUUCCCUGGUUUAAAAGGGUUGAAUUUGUAUCAGUACUGGUCUGAGUAACCAAAUACGGUUAACAAUGGCAUUAACAAUUUUUCUUGUUUAAUUAGAAAUCCAGUCUUACACUUUUCCCCUAACGUCUGAGAUUUGUAAUCCCUCUUGUAGGCUCAGACUAGUACUUUUAGGGGACUAGAUAGACAGGUCUCAGCCUGCCUAAAGGACUGCACUGUGUAUUUGUGUCAUUCCUUCCUGAGAAAGAAACCAUCCUAAAAAUAAAGCGAAUGGAAUUGUCUAAAAGUAA